AUGAAUGAUCAAAAUUUAAAUUCAGACUUGGGUACAAAUCUGAAUCAAGAGAAUAAUGUUUCUAUUAACAACUCGACAAAAAAAGUAUAUCAAGGAGAUUAUAAACCAGAAUUAUGUCUUGUACCAAAAGCGCUUAAUGCAAUAAUUCAUCCUACUGUGGUUUCCUUUUUCGAUUUGGGAAACGAUCGUAUAAUUAAUAGAUAUUCAAAUUUAAAUCCUCAAGUUGAUGUAAAUAUUCUGAGACAAUGUUUGGAGUAUGAAUCGAAGUUCUAUAAAUGGGCAGCUUCUGAUUUUUUCAAUGUAGUGGAUUCAAACGGUAAACGGCAAAUGAUAUUAGUUGAAUCCGGUUCAUGUCCAGCAGGACAAACCAGUAUGCCUUUGUUAAAUAUGGACAAAAAACGGAGUGGAUAUAGGCUCGUUAUUCAAACCGCACUUAAACGGGCUUUAAAAGAUGCUGAUCCUUCUCUUGGAGGGCUUGCAGUAGUAUAUGAUGAGGAAAGUGGUGAAAUACCAGUAGAGCCAAUUGGAUAUGCAGCUGCGAUCUCUGAAGAAACUAAUGAACAUAUUUGGCUUGUAAAAUUCCUAGAUGAUACUAGAUAUGAACAGCCUGUUAAAUGGGAAAAUCAAGUUAUGUACAUUAGAGAUCAAGAUGGAGCUUGGCAUUCAAUCAGAGCAUGUUUUAUCUAUAUGGCUCAAAAACCUUGGAGUUACUUUCCCUUAAAAUCAAAAACUAUAGUUGUUAAUAAUGUAAUUUCAUGUUUAGCUGGAGGUCAAAAUAAAAUUAUGGCAACAAAAUCAUAUGAAUUAUUUAACAAUGAAUUAUCUGGAAGUGGACUUUCUAUCCGUUUUCCAGAAACCGUAUGUAAUGUAAACAAGCGUGAAGCUCUCUCAUAUAUCGAAAAGAUGGGAGGUCAUGCAGUGAUCAAAGCUCCUUAUGGCACUGCUGGAAAAGGUAUUUAUAUAAUCACUAAUUCAGAUGAAUUAAAGGAAUUUCUUGAUGAUAAGCAUCAACAUUAUGAAAAGUUUCUUGUACAAUCACUUGUUGAAAAUGCAUCCUGGUUUCCAGUACUACAACCUGAAAAAUAUUAUCAUAUUGGUACCAUGCCAAACUGCUCUAAGCAAACUUUUGUUUACGAUUUGAGAAUGAUGGUAUCAUCUGAUGAGACUGGAUUUCACCCUGUGCUUGUAGUUUCACGACGUGCUCGUAAACCAUUACCUACUCAUCUCUCAAAUAAUUCUAACUAUACAUUAUGGGAAAUAUUUGGAACAAAUGUAUCAGUAAAAACAGAUUCAGAAUGGGUAGAAGAAAGUGAUAGAGUGAUUAUGAUGGAUCAAAAAGGAUUUGAAAUUCUUGGACUUGGUAUUGAUGAUUUAAUUGAUGCAUAUGUGCAAACAGUGUUAAGUGUUAUUGCUAUCGAUAAAAUGUCAAUUAUGGACUUUAAAGCAUUGGUGAGGUCUUAUAAUUAG